CUUCCUGGAUCACUGAUGUACUUGUUUUCUAUGGGAGCCACAGACAGUUGUACCUUACCAGAAACGCGCCAUUGUGUGAAAAACACAUUGUAAUUGUUUAUUUGACGUUUCUCCACUCCUCGAUACAGGAUACCUUGUUUGGGUCGGAACAUGUACCGUCCAGGUAAACCUCCACAUGGUCCACCGCCGUACGGACCUCCACCUCCCCUCGGCCCUCCUUUCGGUAUCGGUGGGCCCUGUAGACUUCCUCCUCCUGGACACUUGCCCCCUGGACCAUUUUCGACACCACCACCGGACUUCCUCCACAACAGGUCACCUUUCAUCACUUCCCAUUCUAGCAGCUACCCUGUAGACCGUAGUACAGUGAUUCCUUCGGGGGGCAGGCAGCAGAUCGCAGAACCAAUGCAGGUCCCACAGUGGAAUCUCCCUCCUGUGAAACAUCAACCCUCUGACAACAGUGAUCGAGCUGGUGAGGAAUUUUUGAGAUGCAUUGCAGCAAACAAGCCUCUCCCCAACUAUCUCAAAGGGAACAUGGCAUACAACCUGGCAGAUGCGUUCAAGUCAGCUGGCAUCCUAAAACAAGCAGUCAAAUCAGACCCUGAGUUCAAGAAGCAUGUGACGAAGAGCAAAAGCCGUAGUCGAAGCCGCAGUCGUGGCAGAAGUCGUGGCCGAUCUAGAGCCAAAAGCCGUGCUCGAAGUAAAAGCAGAGCAGGCAGCCGAAGUAGAGGAAGGAGCAAAAGUCGAGUUCGUGGGAAGAGUAUGGGGAGAAGCAAAAGUAGGGUUCGCAGUAGGAGUAGGAGCCAGAGCAGGAGCAAAAAGAGUCAUACACGGAGCAAGAGCCAUGUCAGGAGGUCCAAGUCACGAAGUAGCAGUGGUGAAAAAAGUCGGGGAAAGGACAAAAAGAGAAAGAGGAGCCCCAGUCACAGCCGCUGCAGCAGCAGUAUGAACAGUAAUCUGGCAGGAAGUAGUCUCCUAGAAGGACUGAAGCUGGUUAUGAACAGCAAAGAAAUGGAAAAUCGGUUGCCUGACUUUAAAGAUGCCAUCCACACAAUUAAGGCUCCAGAUGACAGCAAAGGCAGUAUGCCAGAUGACUACAGACAGCAAGAGCACAGCCAAGACAAUUCAGCAUCGAUCGAUAACGACAGCAUGCUCCUUCCCCAUGACAGAGUAGGCUGUGACUUCUCUUGGCUCCAGACGCAAAGUGAAGAGGUCCCUGCAGUCCAGAAAUCUGUUGAGCUUGAAGAUGAAGAGUCUUUCUUGUAUGGAAAUGGCGAACAUGACAAACCACAGAGAAAAGAUAGUCACAGUCAGAACAGGUCUAUGUUCAGUAGCCUUCAAAUGACUUCCCUAAAUUUAGCCUCAGCCAAUCUGGACAGCAUAGAAUGUGAGAAGGUCAAAAACAUAUUGAAAAGUCUGGGUUCAACAGACAUCAGUAAUUUCAUGGGAAAGAUGCAGGGGCAGAAGGAUGAGAAGCAGCAGCUUCCUACACUUUCAGCUGCAGACCAAACAGCAGCAGCUUUAGCGUUGCCAGCACUGAGUAACCCGGAUGUUCGGCAAGCUCUGGAGUCUCUACAGUCACUGAUCAAAGCAACAAAGGAGAAACGUGCAAAGAGUGAUGGCAGUGGCACAUCUCAAGCAUCCUUUGAUAAGCACAAGGUGGGAGAUGUUGAGGACGUGAAGAGAGAGAAACAAGCCAUAAUGAAUAAAACGGAGUCCUUGAUGAAACAACUUGAGGACUUGUUGAAACAGGAUGGGUUGGGUUUUCUGACACCAGUAAUUGGCUUUUACUGCCAAAAGUGUGAGGAGUUCAUUGGAGAUUUGAAUAGUGCUGAAAACCAUGCAGCCAUCCACCGCAACACUACCUCUAGCAGUAAAGGCCAGACAGAACGGCAUGCAAGAGACAGCAAGGAACGACACUCGCGCUAUCCGAACAGCAGCAGUAACCAACACUCACACUCCUCAGACAAGAGAGAUCACAGGGAUCAUGGUUACCGUAGAGAUACAGGAGAGCACAGGAAUCCCAGAGACCACCAGCGAGAGUGGAAGGAUGAGAGAGGUCACCGGGGCCAACACAACGAUGAGCACAAAAGCCACAAGGCUGCGCAGGAAAACAUCUCCUUACAAGCGGAGAUGAGAAAAGAGAGGAUGCUCAUAACGGUGUCCCGGGGGCAGACUCCUCCUCCCACCAUCCGGGUCAAGGAGGAGGUCGACAAGGAGAAAGCUAACGGAGGCAAAGUCAAAGCGGAAGACAAAGACGGUAAAGGCAGAGAAAAAGAAAAAGGUGUAAAAGAUGAAAGCAGCGACAGUGACACUGACAAAGUGAAAAAAAGAAAAAGAAAAUCGCCUAAGAGGGUAUCUGAGAGCAGUGAUAGCAGUGACAGUGACAAGGGGAAAAAGACAAAGACACCUAAAAAGAAAAAGAAGAAGGACAAAAAGAAGAAGAAGGAUAAGCGAAAUAAGUCCUAAUCCAUGUGUAAUCCUGGUCCAACUCCAUAUUCAUGAAGCCUGUCGCUUCCGAGUGGGAUCCUUGGAACCACUUUUGUUAGUUUCUUAUUUCUGCCCUUUUAGUUUCGUUCUUGUUGGAUUGAUCAGAAUACUGAGGAAGGUUUAAAGGAGCUAUUCAUCGCUGGGUUUAAUGGAAUGAUAUAACAUGUCAGGAUGUGCGUUUGUUGCAGUUAUCAGUGGUCAAAUAAAAAUAUUUAUAUCAGGUUUAUUUUUGUGCCUCAAGUGCAGAUAUGGUUAUUCACUUAAGAUUGGAAGCAGGUGAAGGUUAGAAAUAGAAACAUCUUCCUCUCCUGGUUGAGCUGCUUCCAAUGUUUAUGCCAAAUACUGAUCUCUACCUGACGCACAGAAAUGGAACUGAUUGACAUGUUUUGAUGUUGCUACGUCUACUAGCACAUGAAUUAUCCAAAUGAUGGCAUGUCUUUGUUUAUAAAUGGCUUACUUUAAAUUUACCCAUGAAUGAACUCUUCAUGUGACAUGUCAGAAAUGCGCCCUUGCAUCAUGGUUUUAUCUUUUAGUUACUUAUCAAAAAAAUAAAAUGUGCCUAUUCAUCCACCUUUCCCAACACCAUUGAUUCUGAGUGCAUAUUUUCCAAGGUUAGGACCAACAGCAUUGUAGUGUUAAACAUGUGAUGGUGUUUUUUCAAGUUCUGUUUUCUUCCACUUUGUUCAAAUUUUUUUUAAUCUGAAACCCAAGAUGACUCCCACGUCUCUCACCUAUAUAGUAUUUUAGAAGAAAGGCAAGUACAGAAAUAUGUUUUCCAUUGAAUAAAAAAGUCAAAAAUG